AUGGAUGCAUAUGAACUUUUUCAAAAGAUUUCUACAGGUGUAAAAUUCGAUAAAAAACGUUUUCAAACAGAUGCAGAAAGAUUUCAGCUUGUUGGGAAACAACCUGAAAAUAUACAAAAUGAAAAAAAUAGUAUAAGUAAUUCAUCGCUAUGCAAGAAAAGAAAACAUGAUGAAAUUGAGAAGGAAACUAAAAAUACUUAUGAACUAACAUUACUCAAUGGAAUGACCAUUCCUAAAAAUUGGAAUAAAAAAUCUAAAAUAUCUUUAACAGAAGAAAAACAAUUAAAGCUAGAACAAGAAAAGAUUAAUCAACUUCGUAAUCAGUAUCGUAUAAAUGUCACAGGAAAUCGUAUACCCGAACCUAUUGAAAAAUUUAUUGAUCUAUUAACAGUUUAUGGUGUGCCUAAAAAAUUAAUAAAUAAUAUUAUAAAUUGUGGUUAUGAUUGCCCUACUCCAAUCCAAAUGCAAGCUAUACCUGCCAUGUUACAAGGUAGACAAAUAUUAGCUUGUGCUCCAACAGGAUCUGGUAAAACAGUUGCAUUUUUGUUACCUAUAAUUCAUUAUUUGAGUGGUCCAGAAAAGAGAGGAUUUAGAGCUGUAAUAUUAAGUCCAACAAGAGAAUUAGCAAAACAAACAUAUAGAGAAUGUUUGCGUCUCAGUGAAGGAUAUAAUUUUAGAGUACAUAUUAUAAGUAAAAUAAAUCAAGCAUUAAACAAGUAUGGACCCAAAAGUUCACAAAAAUUUGACAUAUUAAUCACUACACCAAAGAGAGUAAUAUAUUUAUUGAAUCAGAAUCCACCAGCUAUUUCUUUUAAUAACGUUGAGUGGUUAAUUGUAGAUGAAGUAGAUAAACUGUUUGAAGAUGGAACAAGAAGUUUUAGAAAGCAAUUAGAAAUUAUUUCAAAAUCAUGUACAAAUGAGAAAUUACAUAAAGCAAUGUUCAGUGCAACUAAUACUCCUGUAGUCACCAAAUGGUGCCGACGUAAUUUGAAAGGUCUUAUAACAAUUACCAUUGGACACAGAAAUGCUGUAACCAAUUUAGUAGAACAGGAACUCUUAUUUGUUGGCACAGAAAGAGGGAAACUUGUGGCACUUAGAAAUAUUAUUCAAAAGGGAGUAUUGCCACCUGUAUUAGUAUUUGUACAAAGCAAAGAAAGAGCACAAGAAUUAUUCAAUGAACUUAUAUAUGAUGGAAUUAAUGUUGAUGUUAUUCAUGCUGAUAGAACACAAAUGCAGCGAGACAAUGUCGUUCGUUGUUUUAGAGAGGGAAAAAUAUGGAUUUUAAUAUGUACAGAAUUAAUGGCAAGAGGUAUUGAUUUUAAGGGAGUAAAUCUUGUUAUUAAUUAUGAUUUUCCUCCAUCUGCUAUUUCUUAUGUUCAUAGAAUUGGUCGCACUGGUAGAGCUGGACAUGAAGGAAAAGCAAUUACUUUUUUCACUGAACAAGAUACUACAAAUUUAAGAAGUAUAGCUACUGUCAUGAAAGAAUCUGGAUGUAACGUUCCUGAUUAUAUGUUAGCUAUGAAAAAACAUAGUAAAAAGGAAAGACGUAAACUUGAACAUAAAGCUCCUACUAGAGAAAAAAUAACAACCAUGCCAACAUUUAAACGUGUAUAUAAUAAGGAACAGAAAAGAAAAGUCCUUGCAAACACUUCAAAAAAUAAACACGAAUUAAUAAAUAAAUAUAACAAUAAUAAGAUAAUGAAUAAAGAAAAUAAAAGAAAA